AUGUUGGGGAGUUUGUAUUUAAGCUACACGCGUGCGUGCACCCAGCAUCCCGUUGACCCCGCUGUUCUCCCCCCCCCCCCCCCCCCUCGUCUCUCUCAGGAGGAGAAGCACAGGCGGUACAAACAGAAGCAGAAACGCAAGCAGAAGGUGAAGCAUUCUGAGAAGGUGGACAGUAAGGAGCAGGCAGGACUGCGGCAGUGCCUGGGACCCAGCUGUGUGCUGCCCGCUCGCCACAGCUCCAAGUACUGCUCUGACGAGUGUGGCAUCAAGUUAGCUGCCAACCGGAUCUACGAGAUCCUGCCCCAGCGGAUCCAGCAGUGGCAGCAGAGUCCAUGCAUCGCCGAGGAGCAUGGGAAGAAGCUGCUGGAGAAGAUCCGCCGGGAGCAGCACCAGGCCCGCUGCAAACUACAGGACAUGGAGCGCCGCUUCCACGACCUGGAGACCAUCAUCGCCAAGGCCAAGCAGCAGUCCAUCAAGGAGGAUGAGGAGGUCAAUGAAGGUGACAGUGAAGAGGCAGAUUUCCAAAUUUUCUGUGUAUCUUGUGGGCAUCCAAUUAAUCCCAAAACAGCCUUGAAGCACAUGGAGCGUUGCUAUGCGAAGUAUGAGAGUCAGACAUCCUUCGGAUCCAUGUACCCGACUCGCAUCGAGGGUGCCACGCGAUUAUUUUGCGAUGUUUAUAACACCCAGAGCAAGACCUACUGCAAGAGGCUGCAGGUUCUGUGCCCUGAACAUUCCCGGGACCCCAAGGUGUCAGCAGACGAGGUGUGUGGUUGCCCCAUAGUGAAGGAUGUGUUUGAGCUGACUGGUGAUUUCUGCCGGGUGGCGAAACGGAAAUGCAACAAACAUUACUGCUGGGAGAAACUCCGCAGAGCCGAGGUCGACCUGGAACGGGUACGGGUGUGGUACAAACUGGACGAGCUGUUUGAGCAGGAACGGAACGUCAGGAUGGCGAUGGCUAACCGAGCCGGGCUGCUGGCGCUGAUGUUACAUCAGACUAUCCAGCACGACCCGCUCACCACGGACCUACGGUCGAACAAGGAGCGCUGAAGCCCGAGAGAAGAGUGGUGUUCUGUUUGGGAGCGAGUGCCCAUUGUUUGUUUUUUUGUUUUUUGAGAAGGCGGCACCUUAUUUUUCCCCUGAGCACGGCAUGAGGUCGCUCUCCUUCCUUAUAAGCACGCACCCGAUCCGUCCUCAGGGACUCAGCAACUUGUCUCUGGAUCCAGAGUGUGUUAGUCUUCCUUCAGGAAAAGGAGGGGAGUUGUCCGAGCAGGAUGCCUUUGAAGUGUACAGACCGCGGUUGUAAAUUGCCAUUUUUAUUACCUUCUCUGGUGUAAGAUUAAUAAAACUAGCUGACUGUUUGUUUCUUA